AUUUAAAAAAUAAAAUUAUAAAAAGAACCCAGGUGCAUAUUUCCUCUUCCCAGAAAAAAAAAACAGAGGAAGAAAAAGUUUUAAAACCGCGAGAAGGCCCGAUACGGUGAUUUUACUCUCCUUCGAAUUUGUUAUUUUAUGGGUGAAAAUAUUUAAGAGGUUUAGUCAUUCUAAUAAACGAACACAGAUAUAAGCAUAAUUUUAAUAACUAUUAUACAAUGGAGAAGAAUUCAAAGAAGAAUCUCAUGAAAAAUGCUGUUGACAUUACUAAAAUAUAUGAAAUAAUAAGAGACAAGGGAUUUAUACAAGACUUGUGGUUAGAUGUUUUGUCUGAUUUGAGAGAGAAGCCAAGUUAUGUGCGAUUAAAGAACAUGGUUGAACAAGUUAUUAAAACAUCUGUCAAAAAUUAUGCCACUAAACCUAAAGACCACGAAGAAAAAUUGAAAACCAGAACAACUUUUACUGAUUUAGGUAUAAUGACUUACACUAUAGACACUCUUAUUUCGGAUGUACUUAAAAAGAAACUAAAAGAUGAACUCAUGUCUAUGAUAAACAAGGUAAUAAUUGAGCAUGAUGAUGGGACAAAUUCCGAAACAACAGAUAAAACAGAAGCGGUCAUUAUGUUAGAAGAUAUUGGAAAACUUAUUUGUCGCACUGGCAAAGACAAUGAUCCUGAGUUAUCACAUGGUUCUAAUGGCACUUCAGGACCUUCAAAAAGAAGAUUGUCUGAACAAAUGUCUCCAAGUCAAUCACAUGCUAAAAAGGGAAAUAGAAAAAAUAGCACAGAAAAAGAAACUUCAUUGGUGAAACAUGGUAGUCUCAGUAUGACUUGUAGUAAUAUAAUUAGUUCUGAUUUGAGAUCACCUUCAAAAGGGCCUAACAAUAGAAAUAAAUCUAAUGUCAGUACUAAUAAUGAAAACUCUCAUGUGGAAGUAAUAAUAGUUAGUGAUGAUGAAGAUGACUAUUCCAUCAGAUCCAUUAGCUCUGUACAUACAAGUGAUCUUUCUUCUUUUGAGGAUGAUAUAAGUAUUUCAUCUGAAGAUGAAACUGGUGCCAAAGUUAAGAAACGUGUUUCAUUAAAAUUAGCCAAAGAAUUGUACACUAGUGGUAGACUAUCUGAUAUUCAUAAAAUCCCUCAAAAUACAGAGAAACAGGUGUCUCCCAGAUCUUCAGAGAAAGAUUCUGUUGAUUCCCCCAUCCAAAGGUCAUCAGCUAGGAUGCGAAAACCUAAUUCUAAAUAUACAUCUGAUGACUUAAUUUGUCCUAUGAAGCUGAAUUUCACAGAUUCAUUGAUCCCAGAUAAAGAAGCAGCAGAAGAGUUUCUAUUCACUAAUGGUCGCAUAAUGCAGCAAUCAUCUAGUCCUAACACAGCUAUGAAAAGAGAAAGAAAUUCUUCUGGAGAAGCAUUAAAAAAUGGUACGGAUAGAAGAAACUCUGUUCAAGAUAGUGAAAGUUCAGAUUCAAGUGACACCUCAUUACCCCCAUUGCCAAAUAUUUAUGAAAAUAAAAAUCAAACUUCUGGGAAAAGAGGAAGACCCAAAAAGAAUAAAUCACUAUCUGAUGAUAAUGAACAAAUAAGAAAGAAAACUAAUGCAAAAAGAGGAAGACCUUCUAAAGGUAGUCAUGAAGAGUUAAUAGCUAAGAAAAAGCAAUGUGUUUUGGAUAACAUGUUGCCAAAUUUGGAAAAAAAACUACAGCUUCAAACUGUUGUAACUGAACAAAAUGCACAGGUUGUUUCUCAAUUAACUAACAAGAAAAAUGAUGUUGAAAUUAAACGAAAGCGGGGUAGGCCAUCAAAUAAUAAUUCUCAGAAUCAAUUGGCUGAUGAACCUAUUCAGCAUUCAGUGGAGAGUUUUUCCAAGUUUGAAGAAAGGCUUUGUCUUAAAGACAAUAAAGGACCAUCCUCUCCGUCAAAAAGCAGCAAAAGCUAUGAUACAUCCGAUUUAUACAAGCCUCGCUCAGAUUUUAGAAUUUUUAAUAGCAGUCGAGAGAGUAGAGCUUUUACUUUAUUUUCAAAUUAAUUAGAUUUUUUUUUAUUUACUAUACUUUUUAUUUUUAAAUAUUUAUGUAGCCAAGAAUAUAAUUAUUAUGCAUUUAAGUGUUUAUUAACAGCAAAUUAAAAAGAACACCAUGAUUUACUUCUAAUCUAAUAAAAAUAUGCUUUCAUGAAAAAACAAAAAUCCUAUUUUGAAAAAACGAACAAAUACAUGCUUAUAAAUGAAAUUUAAACUUACAUAAAUUUAAUUAAAAACCAUCUCAUAUCUAACAUAUAUUAUUAAUAUAAUAUAUAAAUUUCAUAAUGGAUUCACAAGGGUGUCAUUCACGCUGAUUAAAUAUAAUUUUUUUCAUGCACUGAAGAGUAAAGGAUCAUGAAAAUUUUGUAAAUAUAUUAGUUGAAAGAUUUAAAAUUCGAACUGAAUUUAUUUUUUGUGCUUUAGAUUUUAAUUUGAUUUUGAAACUCAAGAUUUGAUCUUAGAAAAACUGUUUACUUAAAAAUUGUUAAUUUAAAUUAUAAAGAUAAAUUUCUGAAGACUUUUUUUUUUAAAUAUUAUAUAGUCAAGUUAAUGAAGUUUUGAAAGCCUUUCAAAAACAUUUUUAAUUUAUUUAUUAUUUGCCAAAAUAUGGCUAAAUACACUGAACUAAGAUCAUAAAACUAAAACUCAUAGCAAUCUAUGCCAUUUAUACUGAAUUUGGUUUAACUCCUCUUUUUUUGUGAUGCUAAAUAUAAAUGCUGUUAUAAUUAUCAGUGCACUUAUAUACUGACUAAAAAUUUUUUAACUAUUUGAUUUUUUAUGAAUAAUUAAACAUAUCCUUAAGUGACUCUCUUUAGCUAUGACAAAGAAUUUGAUCAAAAUACCGAAAUGGUUGAAAUUCAAUUGGAUGUUGUUGUUUUUUUUAAUUUAUUUUAGCAACUGUAAAUUAAAAAUGUAUUUUUUACAAACCUGAAUGUGGUGUAAAUUAGUGUUUUUAUAAACAGUUGUACAGUGUUAAAUAAUUUUGUGUAUGUUUCAUAACAAACAUAAUAAUUGUACAGUCAAUAAAGAAUAAUCUAUGAUGUU